GAUUUGGAAUCGACGCCUGAUUUUGCAACGGAUUCAACGCUCUCCCUCGUGGGCUUUUCGCUGCCCUCGCUUUCUGCCUUCUUUCUUUGACAUUUUCUCGAAUUCUUCGUUCCUGAAGAAAAACCCGUCUGUAUGUGUUGGGAUUAUUGUAUUAUCAUGCACGCAAGGGCACGCAGUCAACGAGCAACUGGGGGUUGAGUUUUGGCGUAUUGGGGCGAGUGAUUUCUUGUUUGAACUCUCUGGGAAUCGUGGGAAUUUGAGGAAUUGAAGGAAUUUUUUUUUUUAGUGGAAUAAUGGUGGCGGUGGACACUGCGAUGGAAAUUCUACUGCCUUCUUGGUGGGAGGUCCAGGUCUCGCUGGCGGCGGCGGUUUUUUUGCUGGUGGCGUACCGGCUCUUCGCCGGCGGGGGAGACGGCCGCGGCUGCUGCGAUGAUCGGACGGUUGUCGAUGGCGCGGGAAGCGGUGGGGGCGUGGUUAGUGAUCAGGAUAAGAUCGGCCUAUUUAAAGGGGAUUCCCAAGCAAAUUUCACAUACUUAGUUAAGGUGGAGCUGUUAGCAGCAAAGAAUCUUAUUGGAGCAAAUUUGAAUGGUACAUCAGAUCCUUAUGCAAUUAUUACUUGUGGUCCAGAAAAGCGGUUCAGUUCCAUGAUUCCGGGCUCAAGAAAUCCCAUAUGGGGAGAGGAGUUCAACUUUACUGUAGAUCAGUUUCCAGUGGAGAUUAAUGUGACAAUUUAUGACUGGGAUAUAAUUUGGAAAAGUGCAGUUCUUGGUUCAGUAUCAAUUCCUGUUGAACAGGAAGAUCAAACUGGUGCUUUGUGGUACACUUUGGAUAGUACAUCAGGGCAGGUUUGCCUUCAUAUAAAAACUGAAAAAAUCCCGAAGAAUUCUACCAGGGGUUUGAAUGGUUAUGCUGGUGCUAACAAUCGAAGGAGGACAUUGGAUAGACAAGGACCUACUGUUGUUCAUCAAAAAGCUGGGCCACUCCAAAAUAUUUUUAAUCUUCUGCCAGAUGAGGUUGUUGAACAUAGUUAUUCCUGUGCACUUGAAAGAUCAUUCUUAUAUCAUGGUCGGAUGUAUGUUUCAGCAUGGCACAUAUGCUUCCACUCUAAUGUUUUCUCAAAGCAAAUGAAGGUGAUUAUACCUUUGGGAGACAUAGAUGAGAUAAGGAGGAGUCAACAUGCAUUCAUUAAUCCAGCUAUUACAAUAAUUCUUCGGAUGGGUGCUGGUGGGCAUGGUGUGCCUCCGCUAGGCAAUCCUGACGGUAGAGUCAGAUAUAAAUUUGCAUCUUUCUGGAACAGAAAUCAUGCACUAAGAGGUUUACAGCGUGCGGUAAAGAACUAUCAUGAUAUGCUAGAGGCUGAGAAGAAGGAGAAGGAGCAAUCUGAGUUGCGUGCACACAGCAGCUCUAUCAGAGGUAGCAAAACGAAAUCUAAGGUUUCGGAAAAUUUGGUCAAAGAAGAGAAGUCUCAACCAUUUAUCAAGGAGGAUGUGCUUACUGAAAUUUACAAUGAUGAUUUCCCUUGCACGGUGGAUCAGUUCUUCAAAUUUUUAUUGGAUGAUGGUUCCACAUUCAUAAAUGAGUAUCGAAGCGUUCGCAAGGACACGAACCUCACUAUAGGUCAGUGGCACGCGGCUGAUGACUAUGAUGGACAAGUGAGAGAAAUUACAUUUAGAUCCUUGUGCAGCAGCCCGAUGUGUCCUCCAGAUACAGCAAUGACAGAGUGGCAGCACACAGUUUUGUCUGAAGAUAAGAAAAAACUGGUGUUUGAGACUGUGCAACAGGCGCAUGAUGUCCCAUUCGGAUCAUACUUUGAGAUUCAUUGUAGAUGGUCAUUAGAGUCCAACUCCGAGUCUUCGUGCACCAUGAAUAUUAAAGUUGGUGCACAUUUCAAGAAAUGGUGUGUGAUGCAGUCCAAGAUCAAAUCCGGAGCCAUCAACGAGUACAAAAAAGAGGUUGAAAUAAUGCUAGAGGUAGCUCGAUCAUACAUCCAAUCGAAAACCUCUUCUGAUGGGAUAGAAAACGGCGCCUCCUCUUCCCAAAUUCACCUCGAAAAUAGAUGAAAACCGGGCACCUGUGUUCUUCCAGUUUUGGCUUUUGCUGUUCUAUAGAGCGAUUGUCCUCCCGGCAUCUCCCUCGUUUUGUUCAUCGGUACGCCGUUUGAUGUAACAUUCUGUGCGUAUUUUGCUGCAACUCAGUCUUGUGUGUAUUUCCUUGUGUCAUGUCCCGUAAUCUAUGUGGAAUGACCGUUUGCUUACAAUAUAUAUGUAUAGGUACACACACACGCACACACAAACAUAUAUAUAUAUAUGUAUAUGUAUAUGCACAUUGUCCAGUUUACACGUACACAUCAUUCCUUCUUAAAAACACAGAUGGAAUGUUGAAUACAAAAAAAUGUUGUGAUCAAUGUCCUUGUCAUGUAAUGUCAAAAUUUUUGUCUUGUUUUA